AUGCCAGGUUUACAAGAUUUAUACGCGUUCUGUCUUCCAUACUUUCACAUGUUACUGGACUGGCUGUGCCGGGUGCUGCUUAGGAGACGACUGACUCCGCUCACAGAGGAAAGUCUGUGGAGAAAAUUCACAGUUGAGGAGCGACGGGUUAUUCUGUCAGAAAGCCUCACUCGCCGGUGGUGGCACGAGGGCUUUUGCUUACUUCUCAAGUGUUAUCGGGAAGACGAAGAUUUAACUGUGGCAGGCAGAAUGAUUGUUGAAACGCGAUGGACUGAAAUUCUUCAAAAUAGGUUGGCUAUAUCCAAACGACUGGCGUCUGUUGAUGUUUUGAAGUGUCAGAUCAAGAGACCCAUAUUCAUUAUCGGACCUGCUCGCUCUGGAACAUCUUUCCUGCAGAGUCUCCUGUACGAGGAUCCUAAGAACACUUCUCCUAGGUACUUUGAGGUGAUGCACCCUGUGGAAGAGGCUACCAGCACGCAUGCGCAGUCAAGGGAGCUAACUGAGAUUAGGAAAUUAGGGUCACGGUACACAGCAACGCCAGAGUUGAGAGCGAUCCACUACAUACGGGCAACGGGGCCUUACGAGUGUUUCAAUCUGAUGGAAAAUAUGGGGCUUUUUAAGAACUUCCUUUUCUUCACUUCCAACAUCCAGGAUUACGAGGCAUGGCGAAGGACGCUCACCAAGGAUCAAAUGGUGGAAGCUUACCGCUUCCAUAAACUUCAGAUGCAAAUCAUAUUCUUAGCAAGGGGCAAAGACAAUGUAUUGAACAACAAACAAGUGAUUUUCAAAGAGUCGACGCACGCAGCGAAUCUCGAGGCAAUACUGAAGGUUUACCCGGACGCCCGCUUUAUCAGUACUUACCGUGACCCCUGUGAGACGACCGCGUCCGUAUGUUCCCUGUUAUCAAAAAGGUUUGCUACUUUCGUGUCCAAGCCUAAGAACAUAGACCUGGAUGAUUUUGGUCAACAUACCAUGCGGUCUCCGCUGCUUCACGGUGGAAAUGAAAUGGUUCGAUAUAGAAAGCAACACCCAGAAGAAGCGCACCGAUUCUGCGAUGUAGAUUACGUAGAUAUUGUUGCAUCGCCAAUGAAAGUUGUAAAGGAGAUUUACGACUUCUUUGGCUUGGAGUUGACGGCGUUAAGGGAAGCCAAGAUGUCUACUUACGUUACUGACCAUCCGCAAAACAAAUACGGCCAGCACGCGUAUGGGUUGAAACGCUAUAAUCUGACAGAGGAAGAAGUGUUGGAAUAUUUCAAAGAAUUUGUGGAGUUUUGCAGACCUCAGUAAUGAGCU